UACUGGCAAUUGACAAUUAGAGAGAAUGCGUUGAAACUUGAAGCAACCAAAAACUUUAUUCGACAAUCGACGCCAUUUUGAGUGUGUUUUACUUGAUUGUAAGCCACUUUCUUGAUUACCAUUCAAAUUUAAGCCGUAUAGAAUAAUGGGUGAAGACAAAGAUCGUCGACGCAGAUCACGUUCAAGAGAAAGAAGACGCUCACGUUCUCGUUCAAGAGAACGCCGAGAAAAGAGAAGAAGUAAAUCCAGGUCACCGUCAAAAAGAUCACGCAGACGCAAGCCUUCCUUAUACUGGGAUGUCCCACCGCCUGGAUUUGAACAUAUUACUCCAUUACAAUAUAAAGCAAUGCAAGCAGCCGGACAGAUUCCUGCGAACAUAGUCGCCGAUACACCACAAGCCGCAGUGCCGGUGGUCGGUUCAACGAUAACGCGUCAAGCGCGUAGGUUAUACGUAGGCAACAUACCGUUUGGUGUUACUGAAGAGGAAACUAUGGAGUUCUUCAAUCAACAGAUGCAUCUUUCCGGCUUAGCGCAAGCCGCUGGUAACCCAGUGCUUGCAUGCCAGAUUAAUUUAGAUAAAAAUUUUGCAUUCCUUGAGUUCAGAUCUAUUGAUGAAACCACACAAGCCAUGGCAUUUGAUGGCAUAAACUUCAAAGGUCAGAGUUUAAAAAUACGGCGGCCGCAUGACUACCAACCAAUGCCUGGCACUGAAAACCCAGCAAUAAAUGUUCCAGCUGGUGUUAUCAGUACUGUAGUUCCAGAUUCACCACACAAAAUUUUUAUCGGUGGUCUGCCUAACUAUCUGAAUGAAGAUCAAGUAAAGGAACUCCUGAUGUCAUUUGGCCAGCUGCGAGCCUUCAACUUGGUGAAGGAUUCAUCUACAGGCCUCAGUAAGGGCUAUGCCUUCGCUGAAUAUGUUGAUAUAUCAAUGACUGAUCAGGCCAUUGCUGGUCUGAAUGGUAUGCAGCUGGGUGAUAAGAAAUUAAUUGUUCAACGCGCGAGUAUUGGAGCCAAGAACUCCACUUUAGCGAUGACGGGCGCGGCGCCGGUGACGCUGCAGGUGGCGGGGCUGACGCUGGCCGGCGCGGGGCCCGCCACCGAGGUGCUGUGCCUGCUCAACAUGGUUACGCCCGACGAGCUGCGCGACGAGGAGGAGUAUGAGGACAUCCUCGAGGACAUCAAAGAGGAAUGUAACAAGUAUGGCUGUGUGCGCAGUAUAGAAAUUCCAAGGCCAAUUGAGGGCGUAGAAGUCCCUGGAUGUGGAAAAGUAUUCGUCGAAUUCAAUAGCAUCGCAGAUUGCCAGAAAGCGCAACAAACUCUUACAGGUCGAAAAUUCAGUAAUCGCGUUGUUGUCACCUCAUACUUCGAUCCCGACAAGUAUCACCGCAGAGAGUUUUAAAUGACAGCCGUUCUUUAAUUAAUUAAUAUUUCACGUAUCACAGAUUAUUAAAAUUAUCGUAAAAAUGACAUGAUUUUGUUAAUGAAGUAUCUAUUAUACUUACAUCCAAUUGUAUUUACAGAUAAUAAAAAUAAAUCUAACUUUGAA